GGAUCAAGGACACGCAACAGCGCUAGGGUUGUAUUUGGAAAAGAACAAGUGACGAUGCACCUGCUGGCACCAGGAAGAAAAAUAUAUACUUUGAUUGCCAUCUGAACCACACCUUUAGCAAAAACACCGCGUAGCCUACUUUACGCCGAAACUCAAGUUACCGAGGGAGUGUCACGGUCAGAAAAUAGUCUAGUCAAAUUAGUUAGGGACAAGUAGACUGUUUAUUAAUAAUUUAUUUCACAACCGUAAGAAGGAACAUGUUAUCGUAAAAAACAUGUCAAGACCUAGUGUACACCUGAACGUUGAUUGGAUCGUAACUGAAACCUCCCCGGCAGACCCUGACUGGAGUGAUAUCAUUGUGACAAUGGUUGGCAGGGAAGUUACCUUACCCUGUGUUGAUUGGCCUCUCACCGGUUCUGUGAGCAUUAAUUGGAAGAUGAAGUCUCCUAGCGUGGACCACUGGAAACUGGUCCUCUCGGCCAAUGAGAGGCAGCAGUUCUCGGGGGCAGCCUCAAAGGCUUCCAUGCGAUUGGUUGACUCAAACUUUCAGGAAACUGGGGACUUCUCUCUGCUGUUCGUCCCCAAAAUGGAGGACAAGGGUCGCUACUCCUGUCUGAUUAUACAGCAACAGAAGAAACUGAGAGAGAAGAUCAUACUAUUAGCCGUCCUCACAGUCUCUAUCUUUCCUUCAGCCACUCUCCCUCAGCACAGCACACUGCGUCUGAUGGCAGAGGUAUCCCCCGCCUCCGCCGUUUCCGAGGUAACCUGGCUGUCCCCUGGUGGGACGCCCCUACGAUUGGCAAGGAGGUCUGGGGGGGGUGUUGCCAAGCUGCCCCAGAUACGCCUCACUGACCAGGGGGUAUACAUCUGCCAGGUGUACCCAAGGGGUAACAGCAGCUCCCCUAUGUUCCCCUUCACUGUGGAUCUCCGCGUGGAUGGUAUGAAUGUGGCCUCGUUCACCAAUAUAAGCCAUAGUGCUCAGAUCUCUAUGGCCAGUCUCACCCAGACCCCUCUCACCCUCGCCUGCCCUCCGAUGCGGGGCGACUAUGUCCUGCUCUAUUGGAAGCCUCCAGACAGCAGAAACAUCAACACCACAACCCUGGUCUACGGGUACGACCGCUGGAGGGACCGCACAGAGCAGAGCAAGACUCAUGCCCAGCUGAGCCUGGACGGGCCAUUGUCUACCCCAAAAGAGGGUUUCUUCUCCUUCCUGCUGAGCCCGGGGCUGAAUGACGGAGGCCUCUACAUGUGUGAGGUCUUCCUCAAUGACAACGUGUUCAGCCAGAGGACCCUGCUUAGUAUCCUCCAAGUGAAAGCCAGACAUUCUCCAUCAGCCCUGGUCCUGACGUGUCAGUAUACAGAGCGCUCCCAGGUGAAGCGGGUGGUGUGGAGCCACCAGAACCAGAGUCACACGCUGAAGUGGAGCUCCUCUGGCCCGGGUCACCUCAGCACCCAGGUCCCCCUGUCCCCCACCCAGGACACGGCUGGGAACUACACCUGCACCAUGCUACUGCGGAACGGACAGGCGGUCAAGGCUGUUUACACCGUCAAACUGCCCCCGAAAGAUAACACAGAGAGCACUACUUCUAUCUCUCCUCCUCACCCAGAGAGCAACAGUGCCUCGCUCCUUCCCUUCCUCUCUGCUUCAUUGCUCCUGGUGCCCCUGGUUGCCGCGGUUGCUGGUGUGUUGCUAUGGAGACAGAAAGACAUUUCUCGCCGCGGUAUUGAACAGUCUCUCUCCCACUACUCUGGGGAAGUGGAAAAUAUCUAUGAGAAUCCUGAGGAUAUCAGACAGACUUCCCCCCAGGGUUCAGUGUACAUGGACCUGAAGCCCAGAGUGGAAGAUGAUGUCUACGAGAAAUUGGAUCGAUACAAAUCAUGCAGCCUUCUGGAGACCUCCACAUCUCAGGAUUUAUCAGCAAAAUCUUGAAGCAAUAUUAUCUCACCUCUGUUCAGUAUAUGAACAUUUACAGUGCCUUGACUUUUUUCACAUUUUGUUGUGUUACAGCCUAAAUGUCUCUAGCCAACACACAAUACCUGAUAAUGUCAAAGUGGAAUUAUGUUUUUUGACAUUUUUACAAAUUCAUAGAAAAUGUCAAGCUGAAAUGUCUAAAGUAAAUAAGUAUUCAACCC